AUGUCUGGUGAGUUGAGUGCCAGUCGUGUGUCACAAGUGCUGCCAUUAGUCUCGUGGAAAUGGAUGUCAUCGGAGGUGACCGCAGGAGACAAUACGUUGUGUCCGAUUCGGUGCACAUUCUCUUCAGACACCGUUGAUCAGUACUUAUGGCUAAUAAAAGGCUCACAACUGGACAUCAUAUCAGUGAACGCCGACAAUGUGUCAAAUCAGCGACAGUUGGGAUCAAUUGACUUCUCGCAGGUCUUCGAAGAUACAAACAUUAAGAUCUUAAAUGUAUUGCAAUUAAUGGAUAGUUUGGACACUUCGGCCAAAAGUAAAUACAUUUACACUUUGGCGGUGUCUUUGCGGCGAAGUGUCGGCACAUGUCUUAUAUGUCUGAUUGAUGUCAGACUCAGUCUAAUACUGAAGACAAUCGAAACGCCGUUCAAAAUAACGAGUUUAGAGAUGAUAUCCAACAACAAAGCCAACGCUUCUGACAAGAGUUGGCCACUAAUUGACGAAUUGUUGCAAAUGAAUGGCAUUCUUGCGAUCGGCACUGAAGGCGGACUCGUCUUCCUUCUGGACCUAUUCCUCGACUAUAUAACACCAUUGAGUGAAGCAUUGAUACCCAAGAAGUUGUCGUUUAUUGUCUGCAAUUCAACGCAUAUUAACCUGAAGUCAAAGCGCAAGACGGCUGCCCUUCACGACCAACUCAUAUGUCUUCCGCUAAAUAGUGAUUCGCUUCUUAAGAGUCGUUUUGUAUACAAAGCAGACGACGGAUCCGUUUUGUCGGCAUUUCCCAAGACUCUCGUGUCGGUCACUGCACUCCAAUAUGUACCGCAAACGGCUUUCCUCUGCGUUGGCUUUAAUUUCGGCGGAUUUCAGUUCUUCAAUAUGAAGACAUUCAAACUCGAGUGCAGUUGUGGUCUCGAGUAUGGAUUGCCUCCAGUCGUGCGGUUCGCCUUUCAAGACCCCGAAAACGAUCCCAAAAACUAUUCCUAUAUUUGGGUCGUCAGAGGACAAGAAAUAGAAGACAAUUCGGGCCAUGAUUUGGAUUCUUCGCCUCAAAACCAAACCUCCAUUUCAAACGCUAUAAUGUAUUCAAUAUCUUUCGACAAUAAGGAAUGGAUUCUGGAUUACGGCAUACUUUACACCGGAUUCCAGGGCUGUUCCUGUCGUUUUGAAUACAUUUUAGGCCCAAACCCUCACUUCCCUGACCCCAACCUAGCAUUUAGUAGUCGUCUCAUCGACUGCUAUACCAUUCCGUUAGGAAACCAUUCGUCUAAUAAGUCUUCAGACGACGAGUCCGUUAACUUGGAUUUAAGCCUUUUGUUCAUAUCUUGGGAAGCGAUGUCUGAUUUGAGUGAAACUAAUUCGUCGACUUAUUUCGCCAUUUUUGAUCUCAAUCAGUGGUAUCGCUCGCAAAUGCCCACAGAUAUCAAGGUCUCCGUCGAGCGACCAUUUUCACCAUUUCUGGGAGUUUUCUCGUUAUCAGACAUCGCCAACAGUAUGUCUCCCGACGCCAUAGUGUCGGUUCAGAUGAACAGACAAACCAUUACUAAAUUCCGUUCGCAAGCAUUUCAAGACGACAUCCAUUACUAUCCUUCUUCGCUAUCAUUUGAUGUGAUAAUAGUAUCGGAAUCGCAAAUAUGUAGCGCUUCUUAUUUGGGUCUUCCCAAGAGGUGUUUGUCGCAAAUGGUUAGCCACGGAUCCAAUCUUCUCAUUGAUCCUAAAGAAUAUGUCAACACUUGUGUCAUCUCUGGUUUGGUUGCACACGAUUUGCUUCAAACCACACUUUCGACACAACUUUUACGUCAAAUAGUGCUGACCGUCGCCCUCGAGAACGAUUACCUCCCGUUCCUCAUACAAGUGAUCAAAGACUGGUCUUCUGGUGAACUCAUUCACUGUGGAUGUGAUUCGAAGUUCAUAUUAGACUGGAUUUGGAGUAGAGUGUCGUCUAUUAAGAAUGAAAUCGAUUCAAUCACUUAUCCCUUAUUUAACUUUUCGGGUCAACUCUUGGAUAACUUUAAUUUAUCGCAACUCUAUGCCUACGAAAGUGAUCUCAAGUCCUUAAACAUAAUGCUUAGGGAACUGCAAACCACAGGCGCGCCCACAACCAAUCAGGGACUCCAGGAUUUGGCGCUCCGACAAGAAGUCACUCAAUUGAUCGCAUUUUAUUUGCGAUCACUUCUCUGGUUCUACGAAAUAAAUCUAUUGCCCGAACACUCAGAAGAGGAGGCCUUUGGGGAGCGAGAAGUGGCGUAUCCGUCCACUCAAUUCAAAGCCUACUACACCCGACACCGCAAAGACUUGCAUGAAAGCAAUCCCACAGUUAUUCGUCCAAAAGAGCUCUUAUUAAUCGAUGGAAUUGUCGACUCUUUUGGUCCCGAUUUGGCUGACCUUUGGACUAAAGGAGGCGGCGAUGGUCUGUAUCCGCCGCCGAACUUACAUUCAUUGCUCGCAAUAUUCCUCUUGGAAUCGGCGUCUUUGGCCCAAAAGCAGGCGCUUAUGCUUUACUCGCUCUUAGAUUUGGCGGACUUCUUAUCGGACCGUCAGAGCGAUAUCGUCGAGAAGAUACGACUUUACCCAUCAGUGUUUGGCCUAAAGUCAGGUCUCAUAAAAGCUGUUCAGGCCUUCUGGGGUUUGGACCACAAGUUGUUUGAUUUUGCGCUUCAGUUCCUAUUGGAUCCGGUGGUCAAACCAUUACUGUUAGGGAAUAGAGAUAAAGAAAUACAAGUGUUUAAUGAUAUGCAGCAAAGAAUUGUUAUGUCAUUCUUAUACCAGAAUGAAGUGAAAAGUGCGCUAAUCUAUAGUCAAAAUUGUGGUCAAUUCGCGUUAGACACUCCCCUUCGGGAACAGCUUCACUUGAAUAUGCUUUUAGUUAAUCAACAGAUUUCUAAUGCAUUCCAAUAUCAAAGACUUUGUAGAAACGAAACCAAUGCCACAGAACUUCUGUACCAUUUGUUUGAAUGCUGUGACAAAAUGGGUGCCAUUGAAGAGAUCUUUAGAAUACCAUUGGAUCAGUUCGAAGAAGAAGUGUUCACUAAUUAUUUGCUGACAUCCGACACACCGAAUGCCAAACAAAUGCUUGUCCUCUACUUGAUUGUCAACAACAAAGUCAUUGACGCCUCGAAUGUGUUGAAUGAGUUCAGAGAAGAGAUGACUAAUACUCCGGACAUAGAGAUGGCAGAGAAGACCAAACAAUUGAUUCUUCUAAUCAACGCCUAUGUGUCAGCUCUGCCCCAAUCGCUCACCAAUUUGGCCAAAGAGAUCGCCGCCAUCGAAGAGAGCAAAUCCAGACAAACCCCUAAAAUCAUUAUUUCAGACACCGUUCCCAUUCACGUAGAGCCCAGACCUAUGGCCAUGGAAUGGGUCGCGCCAUCCAAAGCCAUUGAGAGUAUUAUGGAACAAAUCGCUGAUAUCUGGAACAGAGAAAAACCUAAGGCUCAGAAAGUGUCGACUCCUUUGGAUCCAAUUAAAAAAUCGGUGUCAAAAGUACUUAUUUCCCAAAACUCACCAUUUCUUCGGACGCCAACCACUGAUAGGAAAAAUGUGCGAAAAGGCAUUCAAUCGGCUAAAACUGUUUACCCGACGCCUAAACAUAUAGAUUCCGACGAGAAAAGUGUUGCCAAACAUAAGACUAAAUCUAUUGCCGACGGGUCGUCGCAUACAAGAAGUGCCUUAAGAGGAGCCAAACCAACGAAGCAAUUGAAUUCAUCUCAAAACGAAUUGCUUACAGUUCUGGAAACGCCUCAAAUUAAACGCAAAUCGUUGGCCAAUAAAAGCAAACCCAAUCUCGACGUCCAAAUUCAAAACUAUUUCACUCCGACAUCAAUACUUAAAGUAAAGCAAAUGAUGAGACGAUCGGUGAGUCCAUCGACCAUCACAUCGCCAUCGAUUUCUAUGAAAAGUACGCCAAACAAGACUUUAGAGUCGACUUCAUUGCAACAAAAGCUCAGGUUUUCAGUCCCCGAUUCACCGAAUUUCACGGAAGACAGCGUCGAAAACCCCAGAUUGGCCUCAAUUAAGGACACGUUUGCCUUGAAAUCAUUGAAGAGUAGUUCGCAACCAAUUGAAGAAAUGGAUGAAUCGGUUCCAAUGGAUGUGACCACUCAAAGCAAUCUCAUAGACUUUGAUCACACACUCAUUGAAAGCAUGACUGAUAUCAGAUCAGAUGAACAGGAAAUUAAUGUCUUAAGAACUGGGUUUGUGUUCUCUCCGCCACAGACCCGCUCUUCGGCCAAAAAAAAAAAUGCAUCUAAAAGUGUGGGAAUUGAAGAGUCAAUUGAGAUGAUGUCGGAAGAGAUGUCACGAGUGAAUGAAUUUACGUUUUCACAGUUAGAGGAACAGACAAAGACUUCGAAACAGAAAAAGAAAACAAAGUCCAAACAGAAGGCAGAAGCAAAAAGUGAGACGAUAGAAACACCAGUACCUGAAGAACCGCAACCAAUGUCUCAACAGUCGACAGCCGAUCCUAUUGUUAGAGAGACUCCGAGUCGGUCUCCUACUCCUGCCUCUUAUAUGGAUGACUCGGACUCUCAUAAGAGUGAUGUAUCGCAGGUAUCGUCCAGUAAGGCGUCCACACGAUCCUCACGUUCUUCGAGAACUCCGACUAAAAAAACUGUUAAGAAAGUGACGGAAACGCCGACCCAUUCGAUGAGACUCAGAGGAAGCACUUCUAAACCAAAGAAAUGA